AUGCCACCUCUACGGUCGAGGGCCGAGUCGCAGCUUCAGAGGGAAAAGCUUGUCAACUCGUACCAUGAGCUCCUGAACGAGUUCUCUUCAAAGGAGCUGCGGAAUGUCGGGAACUACGCUCUCGGAAAGCUGAUAGGGAAGGGCUCCUUUGGCAAAGUGUACCUCGCUACACACAAACUCACCAAUGGAUCAAAGGUUGUGCUCAAGUCCUCGUCGCGAGAGGAUCCCAACCUCGCCCGGGAGAUACACCACCACCGCCAAUUCCACCACCCUCACAUUGCGAGGCUAUAUGAAGUGAUAGUGACAGAGAAGCUCGUGUGGCUGGUGCUGGAAUACUGUCCUGGUGACGAAUUAUACAACCACCUCCUUCAGAACGGGCCCAUGCCAAUCGAAAAGACCCAGAAGAUAUUCACACAGCUAGUCGGAGCCGUUGCCUAUGUUCACAGCAAAUCCUGCGUUCACCGCGACCUCAAGUUGGAAAACAUCCUAUUGGAUAAACACGAGAAUGUGAAAUUAUGCGAUUUUGGCUUCACCAGAGAAUACGACGGAAAGGCAAGCUAUCUCCAGACUUUCUGCGGAACUAUCUGCUACAGUGCUCCCGAGAUGCUCAAGGGCGAGAAAUACGCGGGGGAGAAAGUCGACGUUUGGAGUUUGGGGAUCAUUCUUUACGCUCUCAUAGCUGGAGAGCUGCCAUGGGACGAAGACCAUGACCAAGUCACCAAAUCCAGGAUCCUCACCGAAGAGCCCAAGUAUACCGAUCGGUUCCCGGACGACGCCAAAUCCCUGAUUAAUAUGCUUCUCUCAAAACGUCCGCUUCUCCGUCCGACCCUCAGUGACGUCCUGGCCCAUCCGUUCUUGGCUGAAUUUGCACCGCAGCAACAGGCCAAUCUGAAGCUCACUCGCCCUCCUCCUUUUUCGACUCCGCUGGAAAAGGCAACACUGGAGCGUAUGCGGAGCGCAGGCGUAAAUACGGAACAGGUCAUGCAGAAUGUGCUAGCACAGCGAUGUGAUGCUCUGGCAGGCUGGUGGACGCUGCUGAUCGAAAAGGAGGAGCGCAAGGAGAAACGCAGAGAACGAAAGAGACGGGAAAAGGAAGCAGAGGCUAAGAAUCUUCGGCGACUGAGUGCUGCAAGCAGCCGGCUGGAACGGAUUUCUGCUGCUCUCGUCGAGGUCGAUGAGGAAGGGCACCCGGAAGAACCCAGGACUCGAGGCAGACGGGAGAGGCGAAGCUUAACAAGUCAGCAAUUGAAUGUCCCAGACCUACCGAAGCUGCCUGAAACUGCGCCGUCUUCAGACGGACUGCUCACUCCUCCGCUACCACCGCCUCCUCCGGUAGAGAAGGACUUCCCUCGACCCACUAGAUCUACCUCUCGAGGCCGCCCUGUGCCUCCUCCUAAGGAAAGACGGAUCUCCAAAGGAAGCAACUAUCAUCUAAGUGCUUCUCAACCGGAUCUAACUCGCCCUCAGGGGAUAUUACGACGGCAAGGCACCCGCCGUCGCCAAUAUCCCAUCAUCAGCCAGUUGGCCCAGCUCAAACACUGGAUAAUAGAGUCUACCAAACGCGCCAAAUCACCACAUCCAAAGUCCUCGUCUACCAGGAAAUUCCUCUCUAAUCAUUCAAGUUCCCCGAAAAAGGGUGACACUUCCAGCAAGAAUUCAGCCGUCACUCCCACGAGCCCUACUUUUCCUCAAAACCAGCAAACUCCCACAGCGAAACGAUCUUCUAAUGCUAGUAGUCUGGCACUCAGCAAUGCUUCCUACCCCGGUGCCAGGAGGGCUUCUUCUAACGCUCAACGGCCCCUGAAUACCUCGAACUCGCAUCACCGCAACUCCCUCUCACCAUCUCCGUUGACCCCUCGGAACUCAUACCGCCGCUCCUCUGCUGGUUUAAGAGGACGCAAGUCUACUUCUUCGUCAGUCUCUUCCAUUCGCACUGUUCAUCAUGCUCAUUCCCAUUCGAAAACAUCCUCCAUAUCCUCCAACAGCAUCGAUACCGUCUCUACUCCAACCGGUACAUCCGCCAAAGGCCUCGGACGCUCUCCUCAUUCUUCCAUAAAGAUCCUCCCCGCUACACCAACAUCCAUGUCCAUCUUUCCAAGCAACAUUCGACUUGUAAGAGGAGGUCCCAACAAUAGCUUAACAAGCGCCUUCAACGAAGCUGCGCCUGCUCUUAUCCCUUCACCUUCCUCUGGACCUAUCUUCGCUCGCAGAAAGCGAGCUACCUUCAAGGGGCCCUCACUUAGCUCAACACACAUGCUAUCUGGCGCUGGGCCCGGUACUCCCAGUCUCAUGCGUAGCAGGGCCAGCAGCGUAGCCUCAGGCGAGAUAAUGAUGGCCGGAGCACGAAAGAGCCAGAUUAUAGAAGAAGAAGAGGAUGAAGUACUACCAGACGACACCACGGAAGAAGUCGACUGCUUCAGUCCAACUGAUGAUCGGGCCCCGCCUUUCCCUGAAUCUACAUCUUCCGUUCAGCUCGAUGCGAAAUAUGCCAGCGCAAUCGCUGCCGCUGCCACCAUGAAUCCAGCAGAUCUUCGCUCCACCUCUGAACGUGAAGGAUCCCCUGAUCCCCGUCAACUCCUCCCCGCCGCUGAAAUCACCGAACUGCCACCUUUCUCAAAGAUGCCGUCAUCAGAGCAUGAUCGGUCUCCUUUGCGCCCGCCACGUUCAUCAUCACUUCGAGAAGCCAAGGGCGGUUCUCCCGGCAGCUUGAACGCAAGUGAAUCGCUGGAUAAUAUUGCCGAAACAUCCUCUCUCACCUCUCUUAAAAAUUCCUCAACUCCCAAAGCCACCUAG